CAAUUGUCACUCGUAGCAAAAAGGUAGGAAAACGAAAAAUUUGCAGAAGUCCAAAUCAGAGAAACAAAAAUGGUGAGAUUGAGCAGAACACUAUUGCAAGAAGCAGGGAAUAGAAUGAACACUAUUCUCUCUGAAUUUCUCGUCUGCCCACUUUCCAAGCAACCCUUGAGACAUUGUCAAGAAACAAAUUCUCUUAUCAGCGAUUCUCUCGGUGUCUCUUAUCCUAUAAAGAAUGGGAUCCCUUGUUUGGUCCCAAUGGAUGGCAAGAUUCUUGAAACUGAACAAGAUUCUGUUACUGCUGCUGCUGAUUCAUCUGUGAAAAACAAGGAUUAACUAUGAGAUUAUGCUUUAGGAGAUUUGUAUUUCAAGCUUCUUCAGAGAAUGGCAAAGAGAAAAGAUUAAUACAGCCUAUCAAUCCCUUUUCCAAGCAGAGUUUCUGCUUUUCAUUUUGAUAUAAGCACUGGUGCUUAUUAGAUCAAAGCCUGUAUCUUAACAGGCGUUGAUCGCCAUUCCAGUCCUUAUUAAUUCAGAAUUGGAUCAUAAAAUGCUUCUCUAGGAAUCGGAAGCAAGCAGACUCAAAGGUGGCUAUAACUUGCGAACUUACAUAUGCAGCUUGGUAAGUAAAUUGUCAUGCUGUGGAAAUUGCCAAGGGGACAUGAAAUCAAAAUAUUAGGAGAGUAUAAUUUCUUUUUUUAAAUAUCGGGAUUUUGAUCUAACCUUAGGGGUGAUAGUACUUAUUUCUUAAGUUUAUGAACACUAGAUAUGCAAGUAAAAAGCAUAACCUUCUAAUGGUGAAAGCCUCUAUUGUCGAAAAAAAAUCGAUAUUUCUUUAGUUUUGUUA